UACCUGCCGAUUACAAAAAGCGUCGUAAACAAACUCCCGCAGGUCGUUCUGUGCUAGUUGUGCUGUGUUUAUUCCCGAUCAUCUCCCUCAGGAUAACUCCAGAGCCGAAACAAUCUUAACGACAGACGUCUCUCUAAACGGUUUCUGAACGGCGCUAUAAACGUUUGCUAGAGGAGUCUCGGGAGAAUGGGGAACACGUGCGAAUGCGUGAGACGGCAGGGAGGCGACGAGGCCGAGGACGCGCUCCUGGCAAGCUUGGUGGCAGAGGGAACGGCAGAGGGCAGGCCCCGCGGACCUCCUCCCCCUUACCAGCCACAAGCUCCGGUUUACAACUACCCACUGGCUGCCAUGACAGAAGAGAGAAGAGCUCAGUUAGUCCGCAGGAUCACCAUCAUUCAGAGCCUACCCUGCAUUGCCUAUGAAGUGAGGGGAGACAAGGACAAGAAGAAGGAGCCUAGAGAGUGUGCCAUAUGUAUGAUGGACUACUGUGCAGGAGAACUCAUAAAGCUCCUACCGUGCAUGCACUUCUACCACCUCCGCUGUAUCGACGACUGGCUCAUGCGCUCCCUCACCUGCCCCUCAUGCAUGGAGAGAGUCGACUCCGGACUCCUCGCUACACUCUCCUCUGGAGGAAAUCACGUUAGCCCAGGAGGCAGAGGGUCUUCUUCCAGGGGAGGGGGCGGG